AUGCCUUUCGAAAAAACUGGAAGUAUUAGAAUAUGGGCACUUUUUUCCGCUCAAGAGAAACGAAACAUAGCCAUCUAUGUUGUUGGUCUUAUGUUUUACAAAUUUGGAUUGGAAGCAUUCAAUGGAUCGAUCGUUACUCUUGCCACGAAUCGUUAUGAACAAGAUGCUUUCAAAAGUGGAACGCCUUCACGUACAUUUGAAAAAGUCGGAUUACUAUCUGGUCUUAAUCAAGCAUUCCAAUGUAUUGGAUCUAUUCUCAUUGCUCCUCUUACUAAACGUUGGCCAACGCGUACAGUUCUAUCAAUUUCAAUUUUUGUGUUUGCAUUAUUUACUGCUAUUCUUAUGAUUGUUGAUAGUGCUACUGGCGGACGCAUAAAGCCAACAAAUUUUCAGCAAGCGCACGAGUACGAUUAUAGCUACUAUGGUCGUUAUAAUACUAAUGGUAUUAUACCGAUUUAUUGCAUUACUGGUGUUGCCUACGGAAUGGUCGAAUUGAUUCGUCGAGUGAUUCCCAGAGAUAUUGUCGGUGAUAAUGAUCAAAAAUUGAAAAGAAUGGACGCUCUCGUGCAUAUCUUUUAUGAAAUUGCAGGUGUCAGUGGUGCAUUUACAACCGGUCUUGGUUUGAUUCCGCGUCUUGGAAAUAAUUAUUCCUUUAUUAUUACACCGAUCUUCUUUACUAUAGCUGCUAUCAUUUGGCUAUUCAUUCGUACUCUUGGAUUAGCGAUGACUAAUCCAGAAGCACAAAUCAGUUCAGAUGAUGCAAAUUCUAAAUCGAAUUAUUUCGUAUCUGUUAUCAAAGGAUUUAUUCUUUUUGGACAAUCCAUUUAUAUUGGCGGAAAAAUCAUAUUUAUUAAUCGAAAAUUUAUUUGGUUGUGGAGUUGCUAUUCAUUGACACUUUAUGCUCAUCGGUACCUCGAAAAUGGUAUUGCUCCACAAAUUGCACAACGAUAUCUUGGCAAUUCUGCAUGGUCACAAAUAAUUGUUGGUGGCUCAAAUUUUGGUGAACUACUUGGUGCUGUUGUUGUAUUCUUUCUUAGCGGUGUGAUUAAAACUCCUAUUCCUUGGUCACGGUUAGAUGCAUUGAUAUUGCUUAUCGUUUGGUAUAUUCCAUACUAUUAUCCCCCUUCGAAUAAUGUCAAAUAUGCUUGGAUUAUAGCCGCAACUUAUAUUCCGAUUGGAUUUGGAUCGUCUAUUGAUGAUAUUUCACUUAAUGCUUACAUUCAGUCUUCCUUAAGUCAUCUAGAAUCAAAACAUAAGAAUAUUUCGGCACUGGGAGCUGUCGUAGCAUUUCUCUACUCGUCCUAUAUUAUCAUCUACGCAAUUGCAAACCCGCUUCUCGGAAAAUAUCUCGAUAGUGUUUAUCAGUCUAGUAAAACUGUGAGACCGGUAUUUGUUAAUACUGUCGCUAUUCAGUUAACUAUUAUCUCGGUGGUGGUCUUUGUGUCUACUUUCAUUCCAAAAGGUGCAAUUACAUUAAAUCCAUCGUUACUUCAAGAAAAUGAUUCGGCUAGUGUAACUGAUAGCGUUGAAAAUACGAAUGUGAUGUUUAAUAAGAAUCGUGAGUCUGGUGAAGUUGUCAGGAAAGGUGUUGCACAAGGUGUAAAAAAGGAAAUGAACUCUGAUAUGAAUACUUAUUUUUGA